GAUUCAUUAAUAUUGCUCUUCUCAGUUCCCAAAUAGCACAGUUUUAAGUUUAGUUUGAUAGCCACAACAGCAUCUUAGAUUGCGGUUUCUCCUGGUCUACUCAAUCUAUAACUUGGUUUAACAUAUUUUAUUUUUAUGUUACCUAUCCAAUAAAAAAGUAAGGUUAGUCACCUCAUUUAAUAAAUAAAUAUGAAAGCAGUGCACAAUUGUUGACAAAUGUGCACUGUGAAGCACAGUUUAAAGAUUUCUUACUGGUAAAAAAAGUAUAUUGUAUGAAUACUGAAAAUCAACGUUUCAACGUUUUAACCAUUGCACAACGUACAGUAACCAUGAAAAUAAAUUACAAAAUUAAAUGCAUGCUUUUUAACACAAGAGACCGAAAACAACCGUUUUAAUUUAUUUACAAUGUAACAUCGAUUUUUAAAAACAUUUUUGCCAAUUGGACAAGUACAUGCCGUCGUCUAUAUAUACCCUGUAGAACCGAAUUUGUGUGAAAAGAUUACGGUCACAGAUUCGAUUUUAGGGGAGUAUAUGGUCGAUGCAAGAACUUCAAGUAAUUCUGCAGCCUUAUUUUUUUUUUUUACCACUAAAUAUUUUGCAUCUACACGGAUUUCUUUUUAAAACAUGAAUGUGAUUUGGAAAACCGAAUCGUACAUUAUUGUAAGAAACAUUUUGUGACAUUUUAUGAUCGAAUGUGACCUCUAAAACGCUUUAAUUUAUCGAGUGAGCUGUCAAUCUCAUUCAUAUUAAUGCAAGUUCUACCUGUUCUAACUGCAAUUAAUCUCAGAUUUUUUUUUACAUAUUUCAAAAAAUAAAUUUGACAUUUGACUGGUUCAAAUCCUGCAAUACCUAUAUAAUGGACUGUGGCAUUACUUUGUUUGAACAUUACAGAUUUCAAAUCCAUGUCCUAUACUGCUCUUUGGUGGUACCUUAAGAGCUGCCAAGCGGUUAUUCUCUUUUAUGUACUAUUUGAUUAUUGAUUGGCACGGCGCAUUAAAGGCGAACCAGGGCGCCCUAUACAGCAAACUGAAAGGAUGAGACGCGCUGGAACGAUGAGACUCCAGUAACUUUUGAGUGACCUCUGCAUCACAAAGACGGUCUCCAUCAAUUGUCCACAGGCUUUAUGCGCCUUUUUGUGCCCUGGGCGUUUAUAUCUUUUGUCUUGUUCUGUUUUGUUUUGACCUGUCAAAAUCCUCAGGGCUGAGUUCGAUUUACCUUAGUCGAAUAUUGUUAUAUCUUAUGGACCACCCCGCAUGCACAUACCUGUGAUGUGCACACUUUUUUAUGUAGAAUAUCAUUUAAUGUUGAUUUUGUGCCCAGUGCCCACGGAUCGCUUACCGAGACUGCCCACAUGCUACUGAGUCAAAAAACACACAAAGAACAGGACGUUUUAUUUACACGCAAAGAAGCAAUUUACGGCUGCACACUGGGCACUUAAUCAAAUAAAUUUAAUAUUGCAGCGAUCCUAAUUGAGAGAUAAUUGUUAAGUUUGUGAAAUUCGCUACUAGGUGUGCACAGCUUCUUCUCUGUUGAUGGAGUCUCUCCAACUCGAUUGGCCAAGCUGGUCACAUGGGUGCCUAACUUUAUUCAGUUGACAGCAAGUAGGAGGGCUUUAUGGAGGGAGGAAAAAAAGACAACUCGAGAAAAAUUAGUAUUUUCUACCUUCAGAAAUUAAUGGCCAUGAGUUCGUACAUGGUGAACUCCAAGUAUGUGGAUCCUAAAUUUCCUCCUUGUGAGGAAUAUUCUCAGAACAGCUAUAUACCUGAUCAGAGUCCAGGCUACUAUAGUCCUUCGCAGGACACAGCAGAUUUCCAGCAUCCCGGGAUCUACCCUCGGUCAAACUACUCUGAACAGCCUUACAGCUGUAACACUGUCCAGGGCGCACCGGUGCAGUCGCGGGGUCAUGUGCAGGAUCAAGCCAGCCACCCAAGCCCUUUUCCCGCACAGACAGAGCACUGCCCUGCUGUCCAAAUAUCCGGACCUCGGACUUGUGGACAACAGCAAAACACAAAGAGCCAGACGCAAGCCAAGCAGCCUGCUGUAGUUUACCCAUGGAUGAAGAAAGUCCACGUUACUACGGUGAACCCGGAUUACACAGGACCGGAACCCAAACGCUCUCGGACAGCCUACACAAGACAGCAGGUCCUAGAACUAGAAAAGGAAUUUCAUUUUAACAGGUAUCUAACAAGACGGCGUCGCAUUGAGAUCGCGCAUACCCUCUGUCUCUCGGAGCGACAGAUUAAAAUCUGGUUUCAAAACAGAAGAAUGAAAUGGAAAAAAGACCAUAAACUACCCAAUACGAAAGGAAGAUCGGCUUCAUCUGGAAAUCAGCAUGUACAACACGCUCAGAAGGUCAACCAGACAGAGAUCACAACUUUAUAAGUGGAUAUAUCUCCCUCCAGAUGUACAGAUGAUCUGUAUGUAAUAGACAAUGCUUCUUUUGACAUUGCAUGGUAGCAAAACAUGACAUGUUGGUCAAAAGUGCCAAAAACUGAGAAGCAGAAGCACACACUAUGACUUAAUGCAGGGUAAAAGACUGCUAUGCGUUUGAAAUCCAAAUUCUUUCAAUUCAUCCAACAUUGUAACUCUUUGUAACUGAGGCAAAAAGGAUAUAAGGCAUCGAAUGAUGGCCGUCACGAGGUACAGUAAAACGUCAGAAAGCUUUCAUCGUUUUUACACAAACUUGCCAAAUUUAUUUGAAAGCAUGGUUCGUUUUAGUGACACUUUUCACAUUUAAUAAAUUCCCUCUGUAUUUUUAUCACGUUUCUCUUUUUUGAUGCCUGUGGCGCGUCAAUUUAUCUUAACUUAAUGAUGAAAGAAAACUUGAGCAAGGAAAUGUCAGCAUUUAUAAAAUUACGAAUGUCUAACGUGUUUUUUGUUUUUAAAUCCAGUGGAAGUAAGACGAAUACAAAAUAAAAUUAGUUAGCGAUAAGAAAAAAUAUAUUCGUUUUCUGGGAAAUAAUUUAUUUGUACAAACCGAGGCAAUUUCAGUUUGAACCUUGCCUUUUGUGCGAGCCCCAUACAAUGUUUACGUAAUUCUUAAUUUGUUCAUAUAAUUCUACAGGCAUUUGUUAAAUGCUUCUAAAUUUGUUUAGUCUAAUUUUAUAAAUGUUUAUUUCACCCAAGAGAUUUUUUCCUGAUAUUUUUGCUAGAAUAUUUCAUGACUUUUCCGGCUAUAAAUCCCGCCUGGCAUUUUUGUAAACAAUAUAACUACAAUUAAGGAUGUAUAUCUGUCUUCCACAAUUCUUCUGAAAUGCUUUAACAGCAACUUUAUCUCGAAUUUUAGCUUAGCUUUUAGUGGUCAAGAUGUUUGAACUCUCUAUUUAUUAAACAAAAUUUAAAAAGUUUUAUACUCUACGUAAACUUAAGUAUUCCUUAAAUUCCAACAAUUCCGAAAUAAUUUAAGUGCGUUAUUAUACAUAAACAUUUCAGUAUAUUGAUAUAUGGUGCAUAUUUUACAGGCAUAUUUCUAGCAAAUAAAUAGUCUAAAGAUCACGCAGAGGUUACACUUAAACUGUAUAGUAUUCUUUGUUAAAACUCGGCUUUGUGUGAAAAGGGUAGAAAUAAUAUGAAGAAGCACUUUGAUACACGUUUUAUUAAGUUAUUUUUUAAAAUGGGUUUGGAGUUGCUUUUCAAAUGUGAGAGUUUUUUCAGCGGUGAUUAAAGUAAGACGCUCUGCUAUCAUUGUGGUGUCUUUGUCUCCUUAAACAAAAACACGAGGCACACAUGCAUUGCGAAGAUGUCUCCGCACUGAAGCCUUCACGUUGAGAGCGUGAAAAGGUAUUUUUACAGAAGUUUGACAAAAGCCUUGCGGGCAGGUUCAUCCAGAGGACACAGUUUCUGUUGCAUUAGACGCUUUUGAGCCGCGAGCACUGACCUCUAAACUCGUGACCUGCAGGAACAGCCUGUAUUUUCAGACUCUUUUUGAACCAACAAUGUGACUUUUAAUGCAAAAAUACUUAGAUCCUUUCAAUAAAUAUUCUGUUUACUGCAAAUCUUUGCUUAUAUUUUGACUAUUGGUCAUAUAUUUGUCACAUCUUCGUCACGAAGUGUAACAGGCCAUUUAGAGCUUUGGAUUGAUAAACCAUAAUUUGAAAGUUAUACAUUUCUGUACGUUUUAAAACAACCAUGACAGUCUGACUAUAAGGUGAACUGAUUGCAUAAAAGCAGCCACAUGCAACUGAGCUGGGUAAGAGAAUUCCUUGUUUUGGAAUUCCUGGAUCUAACAGCAUAAAUUGCAAACCGUAGUUUAAAGGCAUGUGUUUUAUUACCACUUCAUCAAGUUUAAAAAAGUACUAGAUCAGAUAUCUAUCUGUGCGUCCCAGAACAUUCAUUUGCACCAUGGAAUCUUUCACUACCAUGCUUAUAACCCAGUAACAAUAACAUUAUUUUCUCAGAAAUAUUAAACCAGUUUUCUCUUAUAAGUAGGUUCUUUAGUUUUCUUUCAUUUUUUAUUUUCCAUUUAUUUGCCAACAAUCUAACUGUCAGUACUGAAAAUGUGUGAACAAACCAUUGUUUAUGUGCGUGUGCGCGGGGAGGGGGGUGCCUGUGUGUGAGACUUCGGUGGUAUAUGUACUUGUGUUAAGGUUUAACUACUUCGUGUUUAUGAAUGAAUGUGUGUGUAUGUGUGAGUGUGUGUGUGUACCUGGUAAUUAUCACGUUGUGGGGAUCAAUUGUCCCCACAAAGAUAGGAAUACCAGUAUUUUUGUGACCUUGUGGGGACAUUUUGAUGUCCCCAUGAGGAAACAAGCUUAUAAAUCAAACAAAAUUAUGUUUCUUGAAAAUGUGAAGUAGUAGAAGGGUUUCUGUGAUGGUUGGGGUUAGGGGAUGGGGUAGGUAAGGGGAAUAAAAUAUACAGUUUGUAUGGUAUAAUGCAUUACGUAUGGAAUGUCCCCACAAAACAUGGAAACCAGAAUGUGUGUGUGUGUGUGUGUGUGUGUGUGUGUGUGUGUGUGUGUGUGUGUGUGUGUGUGUGUGUGUGUGUGUGUAAGAAAUAGAAACAAAAGAUAACACCAACAGUUCAUGGGUCGAAAAAGAAAAACGUUCAAAAGUUUUUUUUAAGUUUUAUUUAUUGCAUGAAUAGAC